AAUGGCUGCACUGCGUCGUCUGAGGCAGUGCCGCCCCUCAGGCAUUGCUAUGUCUCAUUUUCACACAAGCAGCUGUGCCUCUGCCAGACAGCACUACAAAAUGCUUGUGCUCGGAGGAGGAAGUGGGGGCAUUUCAAUGAGUGCACGGAUGAAGAGGAUGAUGGGAGCUGAGAAUGUAGCUGUUGUGGAGCCGAGUGAGAUGCACUACUAUCAGCCUAUAUGGACCCUGGUUGGUGCUGGUGCAAAAACUUUGACCUCAUCAGGUCGUUCCACUGCGAGUGUUAUGCCGUCCGGAGUGAAAUGGGUGAAAUCUAAAGUUCAGGAAAUAAACCCAAACACAAAUACUGUCCGCACAGACGAUGGGAGUGAAAUCUCAUAUGAGUAUUUGAUUGUAGCACUUGGUUUACAACUCCAUUAUGAGAAGAUCAAAGGACUGCCAGAAGGAUUUGAACAGCCAAAGAUUGGGUCAAACUACUCGGUUCAAACUGUAGACAAAACGUGGAAAGCACUGCAGGACUUCAAAGAGGGCAACGCUGUGUUCACUUUCCCAAAUACUCCUGUGAAAUGUGCUGGAGCGCCACAGAAGAUCAUGUAUCUAACAGAAGCCUUUCUCAGAAAAACAGGAAAAAGGGAUAAGGCCAAUAUAAUAUACAACACUUCGCUACCUGUGCUCUUUGGGAUCAAGAAAUAUGCUGACUCUUUGUGGGAUAUUGUGAAACAGCGAGACCUACAAGUGAAUCUAAGGCAAAACCUGAUUGAAGUGCGGGCAGACAAGCAAGAAGCUGUGUUUGAAAAUCUUGACAAACCAGGCGAAACCAACGUGAUUGAGUAUGAAAUGCUUCAUGUCACGCCACCAAUGGGCCGCCCCAAUUUAGUGGUUAAAGGCAGUCAACUGGCAGAUGAAGCUGGCUGGUUGGAUGUCAACAAAGACAACCUCCAACAUAAAAGGUAUCCAAAUGUGUUUGGGAUUGGAGACUGCACAAACCUGCCCACAAUCAGAACAGCCGCUGCUGUCGCUGCACAGACUGCUAUCUUGAACAGAAGCAUCAGCAAAGUGAUGAAAAAUGAGAAGCCAGAUAGGACGUAUGAUGGCUACACCUCGUGUCCGUUGGUCACAAGCUACAACACAGUGAUUCUGGCCGAGUUUGACUACAACGGACAACCACUGGAAACAUUCCCCGUCAACCAAGCCAAAGAAAGCAGAUUCAUGUACCACAUGAAAGCUGAUGUGAUGCCUCACCUCUAUUGGCAUGGGCUUCUACGGUAUGUAUGA